CUCGCUUGUAUACACUAUACAGCUCUAGAGAGAGAGACAGAGAGAGAGAGGAGAGAUGGAAAAACAGGGAAGGGUGGUGGUUGAUAAAGUGGGAGGAAGGUCAAGAGUGACAAGAUGCUUCUCAAAGUAUCCUCUCAAGUUUAUAAUUCCCAGAAAGGUGGGUUCCUCUGAAACUGAUGCUGUUUGGGUUUACAACCUCACCUAUGGUGGUGGCAUUGUCUCUGGAGAUUCUAUUUCAUGUGAAUUUACCAUUGGAGAUGGUUGCACCACUGUCUUAACAACCCAAGCUUCCACUAAGGUCUACAAGUCUGUGGGAUCAAAGUGCUGUGAGCAAGUCUUGGAGGCAAGAAUUGGGAGCGAUGCCCUCUUGGCUGUCAUUCCAGAUCCGGUGACAUGUUUCUCCACAGCAAGGUACUCUCAGAAACAAGUCUUUAGGGUAGCCUCUAACUCAAGUUUGGUCAUUGUUGAUUGGAUUACCAGUGGGCGUCAUGAAAGUGGAGAAAAAUGGGAUUUUGAUCUUUAUAAGAGUGCCAACCACAUAUUUAUAGAAGAUGAUGAGCCUUUGUUUCUUGACAUGGUGCACCUGGAGCGUGGAAGUAUUUCUUCAAUUGCAGAACGCAUGCAAGACUACCAAGUCAUUGCAAUGGUUGUACUCUUGGGGCCAAGGAUCAAGCACAUUCAAAACCUAGUUCAAGAAAACGUGAAGAGGAUGAUGGCUGAGCAAUUACACAUUCCUUCCACUGCCUCUGGUCGCCAAUUAAAACCAAAUUCUGAUAAUCGCUUCACCAAACCAAGCUUUAUUGCUUCUUCAAGUGUUUUUGGUUCUAAGGGAAUAGGGGUGGUUGUUCGUAUAGCUGCCACAACAACUGAAUCAGUUUACGAGUUCCUGCAGCAUCAAUUGGCGGGCUUGGAGCCGCUACUUGGGGUAUCACCAUAUCAUUGAACCUGCAUGGAGAAUGUUUAUUCUAAUGAUAGAAACUGAUACUAUGGCCUAAGCUGUGGAUUUAUUGUUCCCACACUACAGCCCUAUGUGACUUCUCAUUUUCUCUUGCAAUUUGUGGAACUUUUCUGCCUGGAGCCUGAAACCCCUUCUUGCUUUUUUUAUUCUUUUUCCUUCUGUGGUUGCAAUGGAGCAUUGUGGUUUGUGUU